AUAUGGAAAAGAGACGUCAGAAAAGUAGAAUAUCAAGAUCGAUGUAAGAAAGUGAAGAGAAAUUUCGAUGGUAGUAGAGAGAUUCGUGUACGAAUAUCGUCGAUUUCUUUGCUGCAAUAAUUUUGUCAACGAGAACUUACGAAGUUUGGCUUCGUAGACAUAUUUGUCAAGGAAUUGACAUGGAAAUAGGCUGUAUCUGUAAAAUUACGAGAAUGUUAAAAAAAAAUAUCAAGAACUUUAUUCUAAAACAAAUCAAUCUAAUAUUAAAGUGCACAAUUUAACGGAUUAAAGCGCUGUAAAAAUCUUUACGACAUCAUAUCGCAAAGAGAAGAACCAGCUGACGGAGAACCGGAAACCAAAACCAAUUGAUCAAUCGGUGGGAAUGUCCGGAUGGGAGUACCCGAGUCGCCGAGUAUAGCGAUCAUUUCCUUAGGGCCACACCUUCUGACAGAAAAAAACGUACGAUGGACCAUCGCAGGAUUGACAGAUAUGGCACUAGGGAGAUGCGCCACUCGAGAAGCGAAGAUCUUUUGGGCGCGAUCUCCAGGUCUCCCAGUCCGAAUAUCGAUUUACCCACCGCUACAUCCGAGGAUGACCUGAUCGCAGCUAGCGGUCUCCGAGACUCGAAUAUCUACGAUGAGGCUGGUGUAAACAUCGGCGUCGCGGGACCCUCGCGACGUAUUCUCCCGUCACCGUCCAGAGUAGUGGGGUUGCCCGUCGACCCGGAGGACUCCAUUCGCGACAUUGUUACCGAGAACGAUCUGUAUAGAUACGUCCUGUUCAAACGGCAUUAUGACAAGUACGUGGAUCUCGCCGAAAAGUAUAAGGAGGCGAAGAAUAUCACUUACUACCUGGAGGAACGCUAUCAUGAAAUCAAGGUUGAGCGAGAUAGGCUGGAGGAGAUUCGUAGGAAUCUGGAAAGACGGCUGGAGGGUUGCGAGACGGAACUUCGUGGCAAGGAAGACGAGCUUUUUCUACAAUUGGAGAGAAGUCUCCGAUUGGAAGAGGAAAUCGAACGCGCGAAAGCCGAAAAGGAUAGUUACAUAGAGGCGCAAAAUCGUUUGGAGCAGCAACGAGAGUCAGCCUUUCGUCGUCUGCAAAUGCAGCUUGAGGAGAACGAGAUCACAAGACGAGAUCUCGACAGAGCGCGCCAAGACGUCAUCCGACAGGCCACUAUCAUUCGCGCCGAAAGGGAUACCUUGGAGAGAGAGAAUGAAAUGUUGCGGCAGAAACUCAGAGUGGAACAGCACGAAUUAGGAGCCGAACGACGCCGUCGAGAAGAAGGCGUUGCGGCACUGACAAGGGAGACUAUCGCACUGAAACACGCUACACGCCACUUGAGCGCCGCGACAUUUCACGCAACAUCCUGCCGGAAUCGUCGCCGAUGUUCCAUUUGCAUAUAUGCCAGACGCACUUUCUCCAACGUCAACAAUUACCGCGACAAUGGAAAUCUCUUGCAGUGCCUUCAAGCGCCCUUACAAGAUCUUCGUAGUUGGUUACGACCCAACACGAUACAGUCAUCGUCCCGAGUUCCGAGAAUCGAUUCGUCCAUGGCCGAUCGCGAAAUCUGUUACAUCGACGACUCCAGCGUCGACAGUAGUAGCAACGGUAGCACCAACAGCCGCAGUUGCAGUAGUAGCACCAGCAGCAGCAACAGUGCUUACGACGAUGAGGCUUAUCCAAAUACUCCGAUAGCCGAACCCUCUCUUUCUUCGGCAACUUCCAGUGUCCCACAUACAGUCAGAGCCUUCUCCUCGGAUUCAGGGUUCUCUUCGGAGAUGGGGGAUCGCAGAUCGCGAUGCUUUGACAAUGUUGGCAAUAACAGUAGCAGCAAGAGCAGAAACAUCAGCGAAUCGCUAGAUAGCAGCGAAGCUGAUGAUCAGGGCGCGGCUGGAAGAGACGGAUUCACUCGCUCAAGAUGGACUUCGUCUUUUCGCAGAUUGCUUGGACGAAAGUCGAAAAAUAAGCUUGAUCGUUCCUUGGAUAUAAGUAAGACUGAUGAAUCACGAUGAAUUUGUAUUUAUAUUGUACCGAGACAAGAACUCAUUAUAUACAUCCUCCCAUUCACCCGCCUCUUUCAUAGGGUGAAAUCUGCAAAAAAACGAGAUUUAUUCGAAAUGAAAUAAAUCUUUCACGAAUGUCGAAUUUUGUCGGAGAGUGUUAAGAUUAUUGAGAUUUGCAUGUUUAUUAUUUUGAAAAAAUUGAAAAUACGAGAAUUUAUUAUAGAUAUUUAUAGAAGCUCUUGUAAUUUUUGAGAAAGUAAUUAUAAUUGACCCACAUUUUGAAAAACCCUGCCACUUCCAAAAAUGUAAUCUUAUCUCUUCCAAAAUUUAAUUAUUAAUUGAAUUGCGUGUGUGAUACUAAUACGAUAAAUAAUACGCAGACAUCUUGUAAAAUAUUAAAAAAAACGCUGUGAUUUUUUUCAAAGCUUAUUAAUUUUUUUUUCUCCAUAAUGCUUAUAUUGUAACUGAAUUUUUUGAAGAAAAAAUAUUACAUAUCCUAUCUCUUAGAAUUAAAAAAAAUCCUAAAUGCAGAUUCCGAGAUUCUUUUUCCUUCAACGUAGGAAUUGAAUUUCGAGUAAAUUAGAUAAUUGCAAUUACGAAUAUAUAAAAAGGAUUUGAAUUAAUAGAAAUAAUUGCAAUCGCGAUCAAACUUUAUAUAUACUUAUUCGCAAAUUGUAUACAUGGGUUUUAAAGGUUUCGAAUAGUAAAAGUGAUAUAUAUAUAUAUAUAAUAUUGAAAUAUUCGAUAUUCUCGCGUGCGAAUCGGAUUUUCUAAUAAUAGGAAAGUGUUAUUGUUUGCAUUCUGAAAAAAAUCUGUUUUGUAUUGUUACGUUUUAUUGUUGUUGUGCGGUGAUUGUUGUUGCAUUCACCAAAGAAUACAAUGGUUGGAGUAUAGUGAGCACAAAGAUUAAUCGCCAUUACAUUAGAAGUUUCAAAUUUGCGACAAUUUCUUAUUAUUCGUUAAUAUUUUUAUCAUUUUUGUCAAGAAAGCUAUUUUUUUGGGUGCAAUUUUAAGUACAUGCAUGAUGACGGACCAAAUUACUAACACGUCAUAAUCUUGUUACGAUAAUGUUAUGAAAUUUCAGAAACAAAUAUAUUAUGAAUGCAAAUAAAAAUAUGUAUACGAUGAAAAA